GAAUCGAAAGAGAGAACAAUAAAGUUAGAACAAAAUUGAAGAACUUCUCCUUCCCAAUAUAAAUUUAUCCACUAAAAAGCAGGGUUUAUUUUCUUUUCACGCCCUUGCAAGCAAAUCUGGCUUCCCCGCUUAAACACGUAUGCGCUUGCAAAUGGGUUUGGAAUACUCAGGGAAGCCAUUAAAAGCCAUCGAAGCCUAGAAGAAUUUUAAGAAAGCAGUUGAAACCGAGGACUUUAAAAAGCAUCGAUCAAGGGGUUUUUUUCUGCAAGGAAUUAGAAGAUCAAGGAGGAAAGGGAAAAUGCCGCUGUUUAUUUCUGAUACCGAGUUACGCGACUCGGGAGGGGAUGUCUCUUUCGUUGUGGAGAAGGCGGAUGCUUUUAUUCGGGAGCUGCAGGAUGAGGUGGAGACAUGCAGGGCGAGGGCGGAUGCUGCGUCUAUAACGGCCGAGCAAAGUUGCGCUCUUUUGGAACAAAAGUAUAUUUCGCUUUCCGGGCAGUUUACGCAGUUAGAGAACGAGAAGGUGCGACUUACCUCUGCUUUGGAUAGGAGGGCGACGGAACUCGCACAGGCGCAGGCGCAAGCGCACAAGCUCGAGCUUGCAGUCAUUAAAAAGGAUAGCGAAGCUGAGCGCUUAUCUCUUGAAGUCAGUGAGCUGCACAAAUCAAAGAGGGAGUUAUUGGAAGUUCUGGAGCAAAAAAGUACAGAGCUUAAUGAGAAGAAUAACUCAAUUAAAAUAUAUUUGGACAAAAUUCUUGCCCUCACCAAUGAUCGUGGUACUUUGGAAGCCAAAAUACGAGAAAUUGAAGCUGAAUUUGCCCGUUCACAUGCAGCACAGGCUCGUCUUCUGCAGGAGAAGGAGUUAAUUCAAAGACACAACACCUGGUUGAAUGAAGAGUUAACAUCUAAAGUUAACGUAGUCCUACAGCAACGCCAAAGUAGUGCGGAAUUGGAAGCCGAGCUUUCUGCUAAACUAUCAGAGGCUGAGAAAAAAGGGAGUGAAUCCUUCGGCGAGUUACAGAGGAGUAAAGAAAAAGUUAAGGAGCUGGAGGAAAAACUUGCGUCUGCAAGAGAGGAGCUAAGAUUCACUAAAGAAGAUGCUGCUUCCAAAGAAGAACAUUUUUCAGCAGAAGUUGCAACUUCUUCUAGGCUUUCAGAUUUGUACAAGGAAAGUUCUGACGAGUGGAGACAAAAGGCAAAUGAACUUGAGGGUGUGAUCAAAGCAUUAGAAACCCAUUUGAAUCAGGUCGAAACUGAAUAUAAAGAGAAACUUCAGAGAGAAGUUUCUACACGAGAGGAUUUAGUGAAGGAGGCUGCAGAAUUGAGGGAGAAGUUGGAGAAAGCUCGAGCUGACAUAGAAAGUUGCAGCACUGAAAAGGAAUCUAAUACACUUGCAUUGGUCAAUUUCUCAGUGGACAGAAAUAUAGAACAAUUACUGAGCAAUGAUCCAGACUCUGCUUUGGAUUUACAUGGUGACGGGAUGGUUGUACCAAGAAUUGCACCAGGAAUAUCGGGAACAGCUUUAGCAGCUUCCUUACUUAGAGAUGGUUGGAGUCUAGCUAAAAUAUAUACAAAGUAUCAAGAGGCUUUUGAUGCAUGGCGGCAUGAGAGGCAAGGGCAUAAACAGUCACAAGCUAUUUUAGAGCGGGUUUUACGUGAGAUAGAAGAGAAGGCUGAAUUUAUUUUGGAUGAAAGAGCUGAACACACAAGGAUGAUUGAGGCAUAUGCUAUAAUGGAAGAGAAGCUACAGCAGUCAAUGUCUGAUCAAGCAAGCUUAGAGAACACUAUACGGGAUUUGAAGGCUGACUUGCGUAAGAGAGAGCGUGAUUAUGGUACUGCCCUAAAGGAGGUCCAAGAUCUUCAAACACAGGUUACAUUGCUUUUAAAAGAGUGCAGAGACAUUCAGCUAAGAUGUGGAGUUGGUGAAGGAAUUUCUACUGAGGACACUAUUACAGACAUUACAGCUCUGGCAUCUGAUGGAACAUCUGUGGACAAGUUGACAUUCAAGGAUAUUCAUGGAAUGGUGGAACAAAAUUGUCAACUUCGUAGCCUGGUCCGAACUCUUUCCCAGCGGGUUGAACAGAGGGAACAAGAGCUAAAGGAGGCAUUUGAUACCGAGCUUAAGAUGCGAACUGAUGAGGCUGUCUCCAAAGUUUCACUUAUUUUAAAAAAGUCUGAAGAGCAGUCAGGCAUGAUAGAGUCCCUUCAGGGAACAUUGGGAAUGUAUAGAAGGCUCUAUGAGGAGGAAGUCAAAAAUCGUUCUUUCUUCCAGUACCCUACUGGGGGUUCGUCUGGUGAUGGGAAGAAAGACCUCAGAAGGCUUGUAGAAGUUUCUCAGGAAACAGUCCAGAAGACACUAGACCAGGCCACUGAACGCAUUAGAUGUCUUGAAGAAGAUAUAAAGACUGCAAAACAUGAAGCAUAUACGCUUCGCUCUGAGCGUGACAGACUCCUUUUGGAAACAAAUUAUGCUCGUGAAAGGCUAGACUCAUUUAUGAAGGAUUCUGAAAACCAACGAAAUGAGAUGAAUGCUGUUCUAGCAAGGAAUGUUGAAUUCUCCCAACUUAUAACAGAGUAUCAGCGAAGGUUACGAGAAAGUUCUCAGAAUGCUCAGGCAUCUGAAGAACUUGUUCGAAAGCUUUCUGUAGAGGUUUCUGUCUUGGAACACGAAAAGAAUAUUCUUUCCAAUGCAGAGAAGAGGGUAUCUGAGGAAGUAGUUGAAUUGUCAAAAAGAGUUUAUAAGUUACAGGCAACUCUAGAUACGAUCCACGAUGUUGAGGAGGUUCGUGAGAGUUCGAGAGUAGAGGAAAGAAAGAGACUAGAAGAUAAGUUAAAUUCUUUGCAGAGAGAGUGGGCAGAAGCAAAAGAAGAGCUUCAGUUAGAGAGAGAACAUGUUCGGAAUCUUGCAAAUGAAAAAGAGCAAACUUUAAAACAGGCAAUGUCACAGAUUGAAUCAAUGAGCAAGGAUUUGGCCAAUGCCUUACAGGCAGUGUCUUCAGCAGAAACAAGGGCAUUGGUUGCAGAGGCCAGAUGUUCUGAUCUGGAGGCAAAUCUAAAGAAGGUUGAAUACAAGGCAUCUGGCAAAGAGAUGGAUAUUAGUUCAUUAGUUGAUGAAGAGGAGGCUGCUAUGGCAUUGGAAAAAGCAAGAGAAGAAAUUGAACGCCUGAAAGAAGACCUUCAAGCUUCGCAUCAGCAUGCAGAGCAGUUUAAGCGCAUAGCUCAGGCUAAUGAGGAUGCACUCCAGCAAAUAGAAAGGGCUCAUGAACACUUUAAGGCUGAGGCGAACAAACUAAAACAGUCAUUUGAUGCUGAAAUCUCUAUGCUUAAAAGGAGGAUAACAGACCUAGAAGCUGAAGUCACAGAUAAAGAAAUUGCAUUGAAAUCAGCAGUUGAGGAAAAAGAAAGUGUGCUUAUCAAUUCUUCAAAAGAAAAAGCAGAUCUUGCAGAUGAACUUUACUUAAAGACACGGCAACUUGAAGAAGCUCAGAUUUGUAUUGCUACUUUAAAAGAAGACUUGGAAAAGGAACACCAGAACUGGCGUACUGCUCAGAAUAACUAUGAGAGACAGGUGCUUCUCCAAGCAGAAACUAUACAAGAGUUGAGCAAAGCCUCUCAAUCACUGGAAACCCUACAACAGGAAGUAUUAGAGUUGCGGAAAAUUUCAAGUACAGUAAAAAGUGAAUAUGAAUCUUCAAAGGUUUCAUGGGAGAUGGAAAAGGAAUCUUUGCAGUCUCUAAAAGCUGCUGCCGAGCAAAAGUAUAAGGAGAGUGAUGAGCAGAACAAGCGUUUACUUGAUCGCUUGGAAGCCACGCAUAUAAUGGUAGCAGAGAAGGAAAGAAUUGACAUUGGCUCCGGUCUACAAGGUCAGGUUUCUAAUAAUCAAGGUGAAAGUGAUCUGCAAAAUGUAAUACGCUAUUUGCGACGAUCAAAGGAGACUGCAGACACAGAGAUUUCAUUAUUAAAACAAGAGCGGAUGCGACUUCAGAAGCAGCUUGAAAAUGCUCUCCAAGCAUCUGGAACGAUGCAAGCUGCAUUGCGUAGAGAACGUGAAAAUCAUCACACUAAUAUCUAUACAGACGAGGAGUUUAGAUCUCUGCAAUGCCAGGUGACAGAAAUGAACUUGUUAAGAGAAAGUAACACACAGCUAAGGGAAGAAAAUAAGAGGAAUUUUGAGGAAUGCCAGGAAUUGCGAGAAAGAGCUCAUCAAACACGGUCCACUAUUGACCAACUACAGAAGUCUUUGCAAGAGAAAGAAAUUGAGCUGGAUGCAACACAAAAAGAGUUGGAAUUACAGAAAACGGAGAUUGGACUUUGGGAAAAUAGAGUUUCUAAGUUGUUGGAAAAGUAUAAGACAAUUGAUCCUGAGGACUAUGACCGUGUGAAAACUGAGCUCCAACAACUUCAGGGGAAGUUGGAAGUGACAAUAUCAGAACUCGAGUUGAGUAAAAAAUUGAUAGCAGAAAAGCAAGAGAGAAUAUCUUAUUUGGAGGAUGAGGUCCUUUCUAAAGAUAAUAAGUUGACUGAAGUGGAGAAGAAGCUACAGGAAACAUCCCAAGCUGAGGCAACAAUUAAAUUAGAAGCUGAGAAAUUGAGAAAGCAAUAUGUUCAACAAAAGCGAAAAAUUGAAGAUCUAACAAAGGAGAGACAAGGCCUGUCAAAGCAGAUUGAUGAGUCCAGAUUGAAUACUGGGAAAAAAGCCAUGGGGGAGCUUUCCAAGCAGCAAGAAUCUAUUAUUCGUCAGGAAAUGGCAGCUCAGCAUGAGCAGUCUCUAAAGGAGUCUGAAAACAAGUUAAAGGAAAAGGAUGUGAGGAUACAGAUAUUAGAGAAAACAUUGGAAAGAGAAAGGGAAGAAUUGCGUAAGGAAAGAGAUGAGAAUAAAAGUUUAAAAUCUAGGUGUCUCAAAGAUCGGAAAGCAUUUGUUAAUCACGCUCAGAAUGUAGUUCAGGAAAAGAAGAAGUUCCAAGAUGAGUUUGAAAGCUAUAAACGUCAACGGGGUAAUAAUCUAGAGGUAAGUGCUUCAUCACUUGGUCAGCUUUCUGCUGAGGCUCAAUUAGAUGACAGAGCCGUGAGCUAUCUUUCUGCAGUAGACCAGCUUGAAGAGGCCUCAAAUGCUGUAGCCACUGAUGUGCCAACCGUUCGUUCAAGUGCUAUUGAUUUUCCAUCCUUGGUUGUACCAUCUGUAGGAACAGGAGAUGUUCUACCUACAAUAUCUACUUCAGGCAGUGUGUCAACUAUUGUAACUGUAGCUCCUGGCAAAUCAAACCUAUCUGCUCCAAGUAGUACCACUGCAACUAGUACAUUACCAACCACUACUGGACCAAUUAUUUCAAGUACUGCAGUUACCAUUCGACAGAUUCCUCGACAGGCUCUUGCAUCUACUCCUUUUUAUCAACAUUCUGCACAAGGAUCAGGUGGAAGCACAAGUAUUCCAUCUCAGGUAAAAGGUAGUGAUGACAAAGAGCAGAAGCUGCAUCAGGGGAAACCUAUGCUAGAUGAUAAAGAGAAAUCACGAAAAACAGGUAGGAGGAUAAUUCGACCUCGAAUAGAACGAACAAAUCAACAAGAUUCUGCCGUGGAAGCUGAUGGAUCUGAAAUGGAAGCAGAGACUGUUGAGGAAGGGAAAAGUGGAAUACCUGUGGAAAUAGAAUCCCAAGGAGCUCUUCCUGCUCCAUCUGCUUCAGUUGUAGGAUCAGAAAGUACAAGUUUGCCCUUUGUGCUUGGCACAUUAUCAGCAGGUCCUAGUGUUCGAAAGCGUGCUCAUGUUGCCUCUACAUCACAUGCAGAUGAAGAAGUAUCUGCUGAACCAGACACAAAAUUGGAUUUAGCACAAUUUCAAAAGAAGGCACGACGUAUGGACAUGCAAGAAGAACUUACUGAUCAAGGUGAUCCUUCAUUUGAAAAGACAGAAAAGAUUCCUCCAAUGGAGAUUACACAGGAGAUGGAUGAAAUGGAGAAUGUUGCAAAUGAAGCAGAGUUAAAAGAUAAUCUCAAGGAAGAGCUGUCUGAGAUGACUGGUAAUGGUAGUAAAAGGAAUUUAGAACCAGAGGAACCUACGUCAAAAGACUUAAAACGGCCCCGAAUACAUAGGUUUGAUGACUCAAAGUUUGGGAAGCAACAAGAAGCUCAGGAUAAACUUGACACUGAGGAAUAUGGUGAAGUAGAGAAAUCACAGUCUUCAGAAAAACCAAAGGAAAUAGAUGAACCACUUGAGGAAGAUGGAUGUCAGUUAGAUAAGGCUGAUUCUAGUGAAAAAAAACAUGAAAAAGUUGACACUCCAGUACAGCAAGAUGUAACUGAAGAGGUUGAGAUGCUUUUGGUGGAAAAGCAGCAAUCUCCGACCAUAGUUCAAUCAUCGAUUGAGAUCCUGUCUGGGGGCGAUGAUAAUGGGAAGCAGCAAGAAGAAGGUUUGCUAAUUGUGGAGCUGGUUGAUGGAGCUGAUGCUAGUGCCUCUGCUUCUAAAGAACCAGAGUCUCAAGGGGUGCAUUCUGGUCUCGAUGUUGAGAAUGAAAAAAUUGUGACAGAUAACUUUUCUGUCGAAGCCACUGAAGGUAGUCAAAUCUCUGAUCCACCGGAUGUUGAAGAGGGAGAGAUUCCUGUUGACUUAGAUGAUGUUGAGAUUGCAUCAAGUAAUCUGGAUAGUUUCACAGGAGAUAUUGAGCUUGUAGCUCAUGAUGAGGAUAAGCGUGAAAUGCAAGGUGAAGGUUUUACACAGCCGGAAUUUGUUUUGCCCUCUGAAGAAAUUACAGAAAAUUUAAAUCAGACAUCCACAGACUUUGAUCAAAAUUCUCAGCAGGCCUCUGUAGUUAAUAUUUCUGAUGCAGCAAUGCCAGAACAAAGUUCUCAGCAGGCUCGGGGAGUUAAUAUCACUGAUGCACAAUCAGAUCACAGUUCACAACAGAUAUUGGCAGCUACUGCUUCAGAUGUAAUUGUUGAAGAUAAAAACAAGGUUGAUGUAGUAAGCACAUCUAGUGAAAUGGUACAAGAAAACACACGUGCUAAUACAAGGAUUAUAAACUUAACUGAUAGGGCAAAAGAGGGGAAACAGAUAAGAGAACGAGAAAGGGGAAGGAAUAUUGGAGUGUCUCCAUCUCAAAUAUCUAGAGGUCGAGGAAGAAAUGUGAGGGGUACCAAGAGAGGAGCUGGUUUGGCUCGUGGACGUGGCUUUACAAGAGAUGAUUCACAAGGCCAGUAAUAAACAUUAUUGAUCCAAGUGCUCUAUUAUUAUUUUUUGAGAAACUCCAUUUGAUUAUAGCCAAAUCUUUUCUCAGGUUGUUUAUAAGUGCAAUUUUAUCUAUCAAUCAGAAGACUGGGUAACGACCCUUUAUUUUUUAAGGCUAUUUUUCAACUGGAAAGAAAUUGAAUGUAAAUUUUAUAUAAUUUUGUUAGGUAGGUGCAUCUCUAUAGCAAAUGAAAUGUAAAUCUCCCGUGAAAAUGGAUGUGUAAUAAGAUUGGUGAAAACAUUAAAAUUUUUGAAAUAGGAAGCCAAAAGCUUCUUUUGGAGUCGCA